UAUAGCUCAUAUCGCGACUCUAUACAUCACCUUCAAACGUCAAACGUCAAGCCCAAUCCCCGGGUCCAUUGUCGACUUACGGCCAAGAUGGCAACUGCUGCUGAGGGAAUCGAGCCCAAGGCGCAUGAUCACUCGGACAAGAUGGCUGCGCAUUCGGCGAGCGAUGUUGAGAAGCUGUCUACUCCUCCGACAGGAGAGCUACAGAGAAAGCUGUCCAGCAGGCAUUUACAGUUCGUCGCUAUCGGUGGAACUGUUGGCACUGGUAUCUUCAUUGCUAGCGGUGGCUCCCUCGCAAAAGCUGGCCCUGCUGGCUUACUCCUCGCAUACAUCUUCGUCGGUACCCUCGUAUACUCGGUCAUGCUCAGUCUUGGAGAAAUGGCAACAUAUCUUCCUGUGAGCGGUGCAUUUACACAAUACGCUUCCCGUUUCGUCGACCCCAGUCUUGGUUUCUCCAUGGGAUGGAUAUACUGGUUCUCCUGGGCAACCACGUACGCGCUCGAACUUACAGCUGCUGGGCUCAUUAUUCAAUGGUGGAACGCAGAUUUGAGUAUUGGAAUCUUCAUCACCAUUUUCUGGGUUCCAAUUACCGCCGUCAACUUCUUGCCCGUCGAUAUCUUCGGCGAAUUCGAAUUCUGGUUCGCCUUGAUCAAAGUCGUCGCCCUUGUUGGUUUCUGGAUCUUCGCCAUCUGUGUAAACGCUGGUGUCGGUAAACAGGGAUAUCUAGGUUUCAAAUACUGGGAUUCGCCUGGUGCUUUUGCUCCUAGCGAUCUCGCUCAAGGAUCCGUUGCAAAGUUUGUAAGCUUUUGGACCGUUCUGAUCCAGGCUGGUUUCGCAUUCCAAGGAACUGAGCUUUGCGCCAUUGGUGCUGGAGAAUCGGCCAACCCGCGUGUGACGAUGCCUAAAGCUAUUCGACGUACUUUCUGGAGUAUUUUCCCGCUCUUUGUUUUCACGAUCUUCUUCAUUGGUAUCUUGGUACCCUACGAUCUUGAGACGCUUACUGCAGGUGGUACGAAUGCUGGCGCUAGCCCCCUAGUCAUCGCUAUUCAGCUGGCCGGUGUCAGCGCUCUUCCGGAUAUCCUGAACGCCAUCCUCCUUACCGUUGUCUUGUCUGCUGCCAGCUCUAACGUCUACUCCGGUAGUCGUGUCCUCGUCGGUCUCGCAGAGGAGGGCUGCGGGCCGGCUUUCCUCAAGCGCACAUCGAAACGAGGUGUUCCGUACUACGCAACCGCCGUCACCGCUGCCAUGGGUCUUCUAGCCUACAUGAAUCUCUCAUCCAACGGUGGGCAGGCGUUCAAUUGGCUUUUGAACAUCGUAUCCGUUGCUGGUUUUAUUGCCUGGACGUGCAUCUUUAUUUGUCAUCUCGGCUUCAUGCGCGCACUCAAGGCGCAAAAUAUCGGCCGCGACACUCUUCCAUACAAGUCUUGGGGCGGCCGAGGCCUUGCGAUUUACGGACUCACUUUCUGCGCAAUCAUCACCCUAACCCAGGGAUUUACUGCGUUUGUGCCCUGGAACACCGAGGACUUCUUCAUCGCCUAUGUCAGCCUGAUUCUCUUCUCUGUUCUGUAUAUCGGCCACAAGCUCAUAACCAGGAGCAAGUUUGUGAAGCCUGCCGAGGCCGAUAUAUUCACGGGCAAGUUUGAAGACGAGAUUUCGGAGACGUGGGAAGAGAGCUCUGCGAGCACAUGGAAGAAGCUCAUGAACAAGUUUUAGGUUUGCUGUUUCUAAUGCAUUGGUGCAGGGACAGUGUUUUGAAUCACGUUGCAUAGCAUAGCGUGUUAUGGUUGUUGCAUUGUAAGGCGUUUGUUGUUCAGGUACUUUUAUUUCAGAGCCAAUACUGAUAAUGUCUACUUGCCAUUGUUGAACGUACUAUUUUCAGUCGGUCAUGCAAACAUCCCACCGUCGGGGUAAAGGGACGACGCAUAGUACCAAAAACAGCUUCGCCGUGUACACCUGGUUUCGAGGGGAGGCCUUUGGUGUGUGACUUGUAUCAAGCUUCGAGCUGUGCCUCCUUAGUCGCCGCGGAUGGAAUCAUGGUUUACACGGUAAGAGAUGGCCCC